CAGGCCAGCGCGCCUCUCUUCCGCACCCUCAUCUCCUCGCUCGCCUGGCAUGCUGCUGCCGCUGCUCCUCCUCGGCGCACUGCCGCUCGGCGCCCUCGGCGCCCUCUUUCCCGCCGGCUCGCCCGUCGUGCAGCUCGACGGCGCCAACUUCAAGCGCGAGGUGCUGGCCAUCGACAAGCCCACGCUCGUCGCCUUCACCGCGCCGUGGUGCGGCCACUGCCAGCGCCUCGUGCCCGAGUACGUCAAGGCCGCCAGCUCGCUCGCCGGCAUCGUCAAGCUCGCCAACAUCGACUGCGACGCCGAGGGCAACAAGCAGACGUGCGCAAAGUACGCCAUCCAGGGCUUCCCCACGCUCAAGCUCUUCCCCGCCACCAAGAAGCGCCUGCCCAAGGACUACACGGGCGAGCGCAGCGCAAAGGCCAUCGCCACGUACGCCGCCGCGCAGCUGCCGCAGGCCGCCAAGAAGCUCGCCGCCGACUCGCUGCUGACCUUCGUCACCGAUGAGCCGAGCAAGCCCAAGGUGAUCCUCUUCACCACCAAGUCUGUUUCCUCGCCGCUGCUGCGCUCCCUGGCGCUCGACUUCCGCACGCGCGUGCCCUUCGGCUUCGCCCGCGGCGACGAGGCGCUGGUGCGCUCGCACGCGCGCAUGGAUCUCGGCCUCGACAUCCCGACGGCCAACGACCUGCCCAUGCUGCUCAUGUUCCCCGGGCGCGCCGACGAUGACGCCGUGUCCAAGGGUCAGUUCGAGACGUACGUCGGCAAGCUCAAGUACGUGCCCAUGAAGGCCUGGCUCGACGAGACGGCCGCCAAGCUCGGCGCUGCGCCGCCCGCGCAGUCGGGCUCGGCAGGCAAGAAGCGCUCGCCGGCCAAGGAGAAGAAGGAGAAGGAAGAGAAGGCGGCUCGCACAGAGGCGGCUCGCGCAGCGGCAGAGCAGCGCGAGGCAAAGAAGAAGCACAAGGCUGCGGCGGCUCGCCAGCGCAAGGCGCAGGAGGCAGCCAAGCACGCCUCGGAGAAUAUCCCCGACGGCGCAGCGGUCGAGUGGAAGGCGAAGAAGGGCGACAAGCUGCCGCCUAUCCACCGGCGCGACCAGGAGGGCAACGUGAUUGAGGACCUGGACAAGGAAGAUGUCGAGCGCCUAGUGCGCGAGUCGGGCGGACAGAUGCUCACGAAGGACAAGGCCGAGGGCCUGCUGAAGGAGCUGGAGGCGCAGCAGGAGCGGGAGGAGCGCGCCAAGAAGCGCUUUGAGUCCGGCGAGGACGCGCAUUCGGCAGGCGAAGGUGCAGCCGAGGCCAUCAAGUCUGCCUUUGGCACGGCCUUCAACUUCGCCUCUGAGGGCGCCGAAGCGCUGGCCGACGGUGCGCGUGCCGGGCUGGGCUCGAUCGCCGAGGCGCUCGGCUCGGCGGGCAAGCUCGACUCUGAGACGGGACCGUUCGCAGCCAAGCGCCGGGCGCUGAUGAAGUCCUUUGAGCGCUGGAUGGCCGGCGAGAACCCCGACUGGGCCGAGGAGUACGGCGAGGACUUCCGCAAGGCGCAGCUCGAGGCGCAAGAGCUGAUCCGCACCGACCCUGUGCGCGCGGAGCAGGAGGCAUGGAGGAAUGAGGCAUGGCUGCUCGAGGAGCUCAAGACGGACCGCGAAAGGAUGCGCGACGUCAUGACCAAGGCGCAGCGCGACCAGGUCGAGGGCAUGAUUGACCUCAUCGAGGGUCGCCUCGCUAAGCGGAGGGUCGUCGGUGGCGCAGCGGAGGACGCGCCACGGAAAGCGCACGACGAGCUCUGAGCGAGCACACACAGGGG